CACCUCUCCUGCCAUUCUGGUAGUUACCAGCGUUCCACUUGGAAGUUUUUGGGCAUCACCAGAAAUGUCUGUAGCAUCAUGGAUCUGGGGAACAGUGAUCAUACUCUGUUGUGGGGUUUGGUUUCUUCUAGGGAGGAGAAGGAGGCGACAAGGAGAGCCACCACUUGAAAAUGGGUUCCUUCCCUACCUGGGCUGUGCCUUGCAGUUCGGCGCCAACCCCCUGGAAUUCCUCAGAGAAAAGCAGAGGAAGCAUGGCCACAUCUUCACCUGCAGAAUAGCAGGGAAAUACAUCCACUUCCUCACCGACCCCUUCUCCUACCACGCCUUGACACGCCAGGGGAAACACUUGGACUGGAAAAAGUUCCAUUUUGCUACUUCUGCCAAGGCUUUUGGGCAUGGUAGCAUUGACCCAGCAGAGGGAAACACCACCGAAAAUUUUCAUCAGACUUUCAUUAGAACCCUGCAAGGUAAUGCCCUAGAUGCCCUCAUUGAAGCAAUGAUGGAAAACCUACAGUACGUCAUGCUGCAGUCAAGAACAUCUAAACGUCAGUGUCAUACCUGGGUGACAGAAGGACUUUAUACGUUCUGUUGCCAGGUGAUGUUCGAGUCUGGCUUUUUAACACUUUUUGGCAAAGAAUUUAAUCCGAGUAAUGACAAAAGUCUAUCAUCGAAGCAGGAAACUGAGCGAGCUCAUAUCCUGAAUGCCCUUGAAAACUUCAAGGAAUUCGAUAGGAUCUUUCCAGCCCUCGUGGCAGGGCUGCCUAUCCACCUCUUCAAGAGUGCCCACAGUGCACGUGAGAAGCUGGGAGAGGCACUCCUCCACAAGAACCUCCUGAAGAGGGACAACCUCUCUGAGCUUGUCACCCUCCGCAUGUUCCUGAACGACACUCUGUCCACCUUCGAUGACAUGGAAAAAGCAAAGACACACGUGGCAGUGCUCUGGGCCUCACAAGCCAACACCAUUCCUGCCACUUUUUGGAGCCUGUUCUACCUUCUUAAGAAUCCAGAAGCAAUGAAAGCUGCCACUAAAGAAGUGCAAAGUAUUUUGGAAAGUGCUGGAGAGAAGAUCAGCUUAGAUGGCAAACAUAUUUCCUUGAGCCGAAAACAGCUGGAUAAUAUGCCAGUACUAGACAGCAUCAUCAAGGAGGCAAUGAGGCUGUCGAGUGCAUCCAUGACUUUCCGAGUGGCCAAGGAGGAUUUCACUCUGCACUUGGAGAACGACUUUUACAACAUCCGCCGUGAUGAUGUUGUAGCUCUUUAUCCUCAGCUGUUGCAUUUUGAUCCUGAAAUCUAUGCAGAUCCCUUGACGUUCAAGUACGAUCGCUUUCUCAGUGAGAGUGGAGCAGAAAAGACUGACUUCUACCGCAACGGCCGCAAGCUGAAGUAUUACUAUAUGCCAUUUGGGACAGGCAUAGCAAAAUGUCCUGGAAGGUUAUUUGCUGUCCAUGAAAUUAAACAAUUUUUGGCUUUGGUUUUUUCGUAUUUCGAGAUAGAGCUGGUGGACAACAAUGUGCAAUGUCCCUCUUUAGAUCAAUCCCGUGCAGGACUGGGUAUUUUGCAACCAGCUAAUGACAUUGAUUUCAGGUAUAGACUGAAAUGCUUAUGAAUAUAUAUUUAUAUUAUGGAUAUGAACUAUGUACCAUUCAACAUAUACUUUAUAUGUAUUUUUUAAUGUUUACACACAAAUUAAAUGUUGCAAUUCUUGGGGGGAAAUCUAUAUGAAGAUGCUAAUUCAUCAGACUAAUGGAAAAUGCGUGAUGUAUACCAUUAUGGCACCACCAUGCAGUGGCUUUAAUGCACUGUAUGAUACAAACGUUUCCCCUUUUACCAACCAUUUUGAAAUGCAAGUUAAGAUUUUGAAGUGUGUGUGUACUGUAGUUUGUUUGGCUUUUUCCUGCCAGUUAAUACUUUCCCAAAGUUAGUUAGAAUUUCAUCAGCUAAUACAAAAUAAUAAUUUUUAAAAUCAGAAAUUCAACUACGGUUGAAUCUCAUUCUUUUUUACAAUUGAAAUGUUUGGGGUGGUGCUUCUCCCCACAGGUGAAAUAAAAUUAUUGAUAUUUAAAGACAUAUUCACAAUGAAGAGGGGAGAGUUUCCUGGGAAAGUACCUUUAUGGUUUUAUGAAAAACUAGAAAAAGACUUUAAUAAAACCUACAAAAAUGUUCACGUUCUAGUGAAACUGCAAAAUUUGUAUUAUAUUCAUUGUAAUAACACUUCUUUUCUGAAAGUUAUAACUGUAUUAAAAUAAAUUAUAUUGGCUGAACCAAAU